UUACAUCGGACUAAUCGAAGCAUAACUGUGUUUAUUUUUAAUUUGAAAUGUUUAUAUCGAAAGAUUACUUAAUACGUUGUGUUCUUACUCGAUUUCCGUAAAUAAAUGUUUUCAAAUAUUCCCGCAAUCGUUUCUUUCUUUUACCGGAAGUGCGAUCUCCCGUUGGCAGACGACUCGGUUGUCAUUUGUUUUAAGAUGAAGACUCAUCCCGCAAAGUAUUACUUAAAUACCCUUUCUAAUAAUCAAUUGGAAACGUUCACAGGGAAGGAUAUUGAUCAUGCGUUUCAGGAAAUCUAUGAAGCUGAAAUGAAGAAGAAACGGGCGCAAAUAAUGAGACGUCUGAAGUUACAAACAAAACAACAUUCUCGGAAAAUGCCAACCUUUGUGCAAAGAACACCUCUCUGCCAGACUUUCAAAAAGCCAGCUUCCCAAACUGGAUCAUCACCUUUUUACAAGAAUCGGUCCCCAGUAAAACUCUCUGAACCUAUAAUUUGUUCACUGAAUACAUCAGAAACUGAAGGCAGUGGCUUAGGUAAAUACACCCGAUCAUUGUUACAAACACCCAUAUUGAAGGAUGUCAAGUUGAUAAACAUGAGCUACAGUCAACCUUCAACUCCAAAAGUUAACUUCAACCGAACACAUCAAAUGCCAUAUCAGACACCAUGUUUGCUGAACAGGAAUGUAAAUUGGCCGUCUUUACAGAACCUUGAUGUCCCCUUAACACCUCUGUUAAAUGAUCCAUUAAAUGUAUUUGAGGUGAAACCUGGAAGUCAAGAUUUCUUUCCACUUGACAUUCUCCAAAUGAUUGACGAUGACACUAAGCCUGUGGAGUCUGUGGAUAAGGAGCUGCAUAGAUAUACAGAUGUAACCCUGAGUGACCUAAAUGUGGCCGAUUAUCUUCUGGACAUCGCAGAAGAUUACACAUCUAGCAACAAUAUCACCACCAUUGUACAAGACUUACAGCCACAGCAAAAUAGUCCUAAUAAGCUAAAUACAAAAAGAAAAUGCAGACGGGCAAAACCUGUGUGUUACGAAGAAUCUGAAGUUUACGAGAAACAAAAAAGAGAGAGAGAGCGAGAAAGGAGGCUAAAACGGAAGGAGACCUUCAAUAAGCAGUCCAGUGGUCGGAGACGGAGUCAGAGAAAGACCAGAACAAAUAUAAAAUACUUCUAGACAUUGGCUGAACUUCAUUUUGUAAGCAGUUCUGGUGACCUAAGGGCAAGCGUUGAAGAAAACAUGACCAGUUUUCUGUAGGGUAUUAUGAUAAGGGACAACAAUGAAGACAGUGGUACAUAUUGUUAGUGUGCACCAUCUCUUACCAAUAAAAAAGUUGUAUCACAUCAAAUAUUCGCUAGGUGUAAUGUCUGUAGAAAAUGAUAACUUUAUUUUUGUACUGCUAUGUCUGUGAUUAACAUUUCUAUAUGUUUUAUACAUUUGUUGAAAUAUUGAAAUCCAAUACCUGUUUACAUGGUCAUUUUUACUUGGUUAAACUGUUUGUUGUAGUAUUAUUAAGCUGAAUGCUUAAACUAAAAAGUUAAAGAGCGCUGCUACAAUUAAUUUAAAAUAGUAGCAAGUACCGGUACAAAAUGAUCAUAUUUGUUUAUGUUAUUUUCAGUGAGAAAUUGUUUUAAAAUUUUAUGUAAUGAACUUAAGUCUCUUGUAAAGUUCAUUCAUGUAAGACCUGGCCAUAAUGCCAGAACAACUUGGACUUCUCAAAUUAGUCUCUGGGUAGGUUUAUGUGGGAUCUGAACAAAAUACCAUCAACUUUUGUUUGUUUUUGUUUUUAAAUUCCUUUGUAGAUUCUGGCAUACAUGGCCAUGUAUAUAUGUAACAACCUAACUGUUGCUCUCCAUUAUUACCUCCUGUCAAUCUGUCUUUGUGUUGUGAUAUAUACAUGUAAUACUUGUGUGCAAAUUUGAUUUUGUUUAAUAAAAUAUA